UGCGGGGCCUGCCUGCGGCAGUACCUCCGCAUCGAGAUCACCGAGUCCCGCGUCAACAUCUGCUGCCCCGAGUGCAGCGAGCGCCUCAACCCCGCCGACAUCCGCCGCCUCCUCCGCGACUCCCCGCACCUCGUCGCCAAGUACGAGGAGUUCAUGCUGCGCCGCUGCCUCGCCGCCGACCCCGACUGCCGCUGGUGCCCGGCCCCCGACUGCGGUUACGCGGUUAUUGCCUACGGCUGUGCCAGCUGCCCCAAGCUGACCUGCGAGAGGGACGGCUGCCAGACGGAGUUCUGCUACCACUGCAAACAGAUAUGGCAUCCCACCCAAACCUGCGACAUGGCCCGCCAGCAACGGGCGCAGACGCUGCGCGUACGGACCAAGCACACGUCAGGCCUCAGUUACGGACAGGAAUCCGGGCCGGCUGAUGACAUCAAGCCGUGUCCGCGUUGCAGCGCUUACAUCAUCAAGAUGAACGCCGGGAGCUGUAACCACAUGACGUGCGCGGUGUGUGGCUGCGAGUUCUGCUGGCUGUGCAUGAAGGAGAUCUCAGAUCUGCAUUACCUCAGCCCCUCUGGCUGUACAUUCUGGGGCAAAAAGCCAUGGAGUCGUAAAAAGAAGAUUCUCUGGCAGCUGGGCACGUUGAUCGGCGCUCCUGUAGGCAUUUCCCUCAUUGCUCCUGCUAUGGUCAUUGGCAUCCCUGUGUAUGUUGGGAGGAAGAUCCACAGCAGGUACGAGGGAAAGAAAACCUCUAAGCACAAGAGGAACUUGGCCAUUACGGGUGGGGUCACCUUGUCUGUCAUUGCCUCUCCAGUCAUCGCUGCUGUCAGUGUUGGUAUCGGAGUUCCCAUCAUGCUGGCGUACGUCUACGGUGUUGUGCCGAUCUCGCUGUGCCGAGGCGGUGGCUGUGGAGUCAGCACCGCCAAUGGAAAGGGUGUGAAAAUCGAGUUUGAUGAAGAUGAUGGACCAAUAACAGUGGCUGAUGCCUGGCGAGCUCUGAAGAACCCCAGCAUUGGUGAAAGCAGCAUUGAGGGCUUGACCAGUGUGCUGAGCACCAGUGGCAGCCCCACCGAUGGGCUCAGCGUGAUGCAGGGCAACUACAGCGAGACGGCCAGCUUCGCUGCCCUCUCGGGCGGGACCCUGAGCGGUGGUGUCCUCUCGGGGGGCAAGGGGAAGUACAGCAGGCUGGAAGUUCAGGCAGAUGUCCAGAAGGAGAUUUUCCCCAAAGACUCGGUCAGCUUGGGGGCUAUCAGUGACAACGCCAGCACUCGAGCCAUGGCUGGUUCCAUCAUCAGCUCCUACAACCCCCAGGACAGGGAGUGCAAUAACAUGGAGAUCCAGGUGGACAUCGAAGCCAAACCAAGUCACUACCAGCUGGCCAGCGGCAGCAGUACAGAGGACUCGCUGCAUGUCCACACGCAAAUGGCAGAGAAUGAGGAGGAGGAGGAGGAAGAGGAUGGUGAGCAGGAGCCGAUGUGCAAACACCAAAGCUGUGAGCAAAAGGACUGCAUUGCCAGCAAAACCUGGGACAUCACCUUGGCCCAGCCUGAGAGCAUACGGAGCGACCUGGAGAGUUCCGACAGUCAGUCGGACGACGUGCCAGACAUUACCUCGGACGAGUGCGAUUCUCCCCGCUCGCAGACUGCCCCAGCCUGCCCACAGACCCCCAAAGCCAGAGGUGCUGAGAGCCCAAGUGCCCCCCUGAGCCACUGUGCCCGAGCCGAGGGCUGCAGGCUGGAUGAAAUAGUCAAACUGGAGUGCAUCGAAGUCCAGCCCUGGUACCUGACGGUGCUGCUCUCUGCCCAGUG